AUGGUUCAGACAGGGUACAGGCCCGGACGUUCAUUCUUCUUCUAUUAUUGGGUUGCCACCAGUCUCUUCUGGGCUGUGCAUACCAACCUCGUCGGACCUGGUGUAAACCAAGAGCGCACACCAAGUGGUAUACUCUAUUUCUCACUCUGGUUGAGACCAAACUCGAGCACCCUCACCGAAGUCCAACUCCGGCCUCUUGUCUUCGAACUGGGCCUGGCUCAAACUCAUGCAUCCAAUGAUGAGACCGAAUACUGUACCAUAGAGCUACUUGUCAACGUUGAGUCCUACGUCUAG